GUUUAGUUGGGUGUUCACAAGUUGUCGAGACAUCGUGUUGUGCACCUGAGUGACAUCCGCAUUCUAUCACCGACCAUGUUAAAACUAGGCUCUCCGGAGUUGGAAAAGUUAAUCAUCGGUCAGCAGGAUAGUUUAGUGACGAAUCUACCAACACCUACGCAGAUUCUGUUUCCAAAGGCAGUGACCGAGGCCCAAGAAUUGUACGCUCGAGGUUUCAUCGACGCUCUGAACGAGUUGCAUCAUUCGGACAGCUCGCAGGAACCUGGUAGCAUUUAUGGAGCUACGUAUACGACGUUGGAACCACCUAACAGCGUGCAGAGUACAGAAUCUUCGGUGAGUCAAGGUCUGCUACAGAUCAAAGAUGAGCCUCAAACGGUACCUAGCGUGUCCAGUUCACCCCCGAUGUCUCCUAUCGAUAUGGAGAAUCAGGAAAGAAUCAAGCUGGAGAGGAAACGUCAGAGGAACCGCGUGGCUGCGUCUAAAUGCCGCAGGCGCAAGCUCGAGCGCAUCUCCAGGCUGGAGGACAAGGUUAAGCUGUUGAAGGGCGAGAACAGUGAAUUGAGCGCGGUGGUGCAUAGGCUGAAAGAGCACGUGUGCCGGUUGAAGGAGCAGGUGAUGGACCACGUGCACUCUGGCUGCCAGAUUAUGGCGGUCUCGGGUCAAUUCUGAGCCGAUUAUAUCGGACGGGACUCUCCGACGUGUAUUGUUUCGUCUGACGGUGGCUCUUGCUACUUUUACAAACGUGGCAAUGUUGUUCCCCUUUGUUGGAGUCGGAAGCUUCUACCAUGGAACAUCGAUGUCGUCGUUGAUACUUGUUUACAUUUGACUACGAUCUCUCGUUUGCUUUGUUGUUUUCGGGAAAAGGGGACACGGUGAUGAUCGUGCGCGACGGCGUGAGAAGAGCUAAGCAAGACGAAGAAAAAGAAGAAGAAGGGAGUGCCUUGGUGUGCUGGGCGUGAAAUAGAGACUCUUUUUUUUUAAAAAAAAGGAGAGCGAGACAAAAAGAAUAAUGAGAUAAUAAUCACCCCUAUACGCGUGUCUCUUCUUUGUGUGUGCCUGUUUUUCAUGCAUACAUGUGCACGAGAAACGCAUUACGUGCAUGUGUAUAGGAGAAUGGUGCGGAGGGGAAAGACGGAUGGAGAAAGAGAGAGAUGAACAGCUUCGAGAAGUACGUCGAUGAGAAGGAGAAGUGGGGAGUGAAGAGGGAAGGAAAGGAUGGAGAAAAAGGAGAGUGGGUGGGACUUCGCGGAGAAGAGUGGGACCUUGCAAUGCGGCCAUUUUGGAGAACUUGGCGAGUACUGGCGGGAGAUUCGAAUCUCUCAGCUGUUCUUUCUAAAAAUUUACCGAUCGUAUUAUGUACAUUCCGUCCGGGGGAAAACGAUCAAAUCGAUGGUAAUAAUCGAUCGAAGAUCUUUCGAGAUUCUCGUUUGUCGGUUUUUUUUCACGCUCAUUCAUCAUUUUCCUAUCGAUUUUUUAACAUUGUACUAUCCUCGGGUUUCCCCCUGUCGGAGGAUAAUAAUACUUCUUCGCAUUCUUUGUAAUAAAACCACGGGACAUUUUUCUUUUUGCGAUCGCCUGCGUUCUUUCUGCCCUUUUUCUUCUUCUUUUUUCGUUUUGUAACAAAUGCGUGAAAGUCUGGUGAGCUAAUAUCGGCGUUACGUUAUUCGAUACAGGUGGUAAAGGUCCAAGUUGCGGCCUUUUCGCCUAAGGUGCCCGUCGCUGACAUCCGUUUAACGUAAGGUUACGCUUCAACUGGCUCACGUUGUUCUCGCGAUUCACGGCGUCGUAGAUGCUCUAGUACCCUUGUAGAACGUUUGCUUUAUCAUCGAAAACUUCGCACCAUCGAUGCCGAAUUAGGGGCUUUGUCUCCGUGUCAAUCGAAAGUUUAUAGCUCUGGGGACGAACCGUGCACAUUGGAACACACUCACCGACGCUUGGAAAAGUGCGAUCGAUCGCCUAUUCGUUUUACCUGCUCGUUUCUGUUUUAUUCAUUAACCCUUUGCCCUAUAAUUUAAGUUCCAACAGCACGUGCCGUAACCAUCGGCAGGGUCGCGCCAUUUCACGGUCUGGCUGAGCGUUCGAAGUUGUUCAAGAUACAACUAAUUUUAUGUUGCCGGAUGUUUGAUAAAUAAUUAUUACCGAUUGAUAAUAGGACAAGAUUUUUAACGGUAAUUUAAUAUCUUGUUAAUAUUUUUCAAGAAAAUAUAUUUGCACAUCCGAAUACGGCCAAGAAAAAAAAAUGUUCGUCGCAUUUACUACGAGUCUAACUCGACGUUGUAGGUUAAAGGGCUAAACGCGGUGAUUUCAACGCCAACAAUUGGUUCCAGGCGCUACUUUAUUUUAUACCUUUAUCACCUUUAGAAACAAUGAUGGCACUUGGUCACAAAGCGAGAUCGAACGGCCGUUCCCGGCCACAAGGUUGAUCGUAGUCGAAAAGAUGAAAUUAUCGAAGAAUUCCAUAAGCUCGCAUUUAAUGAAAAAGAGAAAGAAAGAAAUACGAACUCGAUGUAGCUCGAGACAUUUCUCUACAGCAUCCUCAAACGAUAAAAGUUCGUCGAUUCCCGUGAAUACGUAUCAGAAACGAUUAACAUUACUAGAAAGCUCUUGUUUCUUAAUUUCUCGCUUCUUGUUAAACGCAUUCGACACAUUUGUCCCUUCCAAAAGAUGAGUUUUUCUUAGUCUUGUUGCAUUUUAUUUUCUCAGAUGUUACACUGCGCGUGAAUAUGUGUGUAAUAGCGGCUUUUCAUCUUUUAUAUACACCUUACGAGUUCUUCAAACAAACCGCGCUUUUUAUCAUCACUCGAAUAAGAGAAAGAGGAAAGAAUUAUUCUGCGUCGAAGGCUGGAAGUAGUUUCUGUUAUCGCGAAGCGAUAAUUCGCGACCGCAACGAUUGCCACGAAAUCCCGGGCCACGCGAGAAUUCCCUAGAUUCUCGAUAAAUCAGGGGAAAGCUGUUGACAAAAAGAAAGUAGAAGGAAAAAGAAAGCGAUUUCUUCGGAAGAUUUCGUGGUAACGAUAAACCCUUACUAUACAAUAAUACACGCAUUCGUACUAUUUGCAGUCUGUUCUAGAGGUGCACACGCGCAGAACAUCACGUGUAGUGAGUCAUUGUUGUGUUGACAGUUGAACCAAAUCGUGUCGCUGUCCGCAUCCGAAACCGAGACGGACAAACACAAGUUUCAACUGUGCGCGACGCAUUAGCCACUGCACGGAACACGCACUUUUUGCGUCCUAGCCUCGACUUGAUUAUGUAACGACGAGUAAAAAACCAGGCACACUAGAAAGGAGUGCUCGGAUAGAAAACACGUUAGCGACGCAUUGACCCUUUUAACCUACAACAUCGAGUUAGACUCGUGGUACGUCCUUCGAGACAAACAUAAAAAACACGAAUUAGACUCGUGGUACGUUGUUCGGGCCAAACAUAAGAAACGCGAGUAUAUAGUAACAUAAAAUUAGUUGUACCUUGCACAACUUGGAACGCUCAGCCAGACCGUGCAGUCAGCGCGACUGUUGGAACCUAAUCGUAGGGCAAGGGGUUAACAUUAGAACUACCGAACUCAUUAAAAUAAAAUGGACUUGGUAUUAUUUGUACAAUUAAGGUAAAGUUACCUUAUCUGACAAAAUUAAUAUCGGUUGUCAUUGAGACAGAAUAUGUAAUUAUAUUUAUUUUUUUAUUCUACCGUUUGAAUUCUAAUUACUUUUUAAUGAUUAGUAGUUCUAUCGUUAAAGGCAUUCGUUUCUCGCGUAUCGAUACGAUUCAGCCACGUGCUUUUCGUUGAAAAAUUCGCUCGAAUUUCCUUUCGCUUUUGUGUACGUGGCGCAAUCGUGUCCACGAUACUCUCCGUGAAAAAGCUCUGAAUCUUUCUCUCUGUUUCAUUUAUUUUCCCGUAGCUUUAAGCCGAUACUGCGUGUUCCCCCUCGGUUUCAAAGACAUUGAUACUUUCGCCACUGCUCAUGUGAUUUCACUACAUUUUUUCUAUCAUCGUAUCAAGCCAUGUAAUAUCGCGAAAUUUUUGAUUUCUCAGUUUAACGUAACACAACGAUUCCAAUGGUCAAACAGAAUCGAGUACAUGCAGUAGAAGUGACGAGAGUAUUAAUUUUUGUGUCUAUGGAACUGUCGUUUCGUCAUAUGUGCAUCUAGUCUUGUCCAGUAUGCCCUCGUAACUUAUCGUACGCUGCGUGAUACACUCGCAGAUUCGUAUAAAACACGAGCAACAGACACAUGUAACACGUUCGUAGGUUUCGAUUGUGUUACCACGUGCGACGACGACUUGCAUUUAGAAGAAACGCGCUUGGGAAGAAGUUUCUUUUUUAUUUCUGUACGUCAGAUGGAUAUUGAAAAGUUAGAUUUGCAUCUUUCCUUCUUUCUUUCUUUCCUUUUUUUUUUUUUUUUUUUUUUUUUCGUUUUUAUUUCUCGAAUCGAAGAAGCAAGUGGUAACAGAAUCGUACGGCGUUACCGUUGUGCCAUUACGCAAGGAAUCGCUGUAAAGAAGUUUUCUCCCGGAGUGUCGCAACACUUUUGCGAAUAGUACAAGGAUGAUCAUGAUCGAUGAGUUACGGAGAUUUUUGAACGGCUUUUCGAGCAAUAUAAUCGAGCAAUCGUGCGUUGAUUCGUUCUUUAUACGAGGAAGCGUAUUCUGUUAAGUUUUUGUGCUAACUGAUUAUACGAUAGUGUUUAUAUUUUGUAUUACGCAAAAUUUUGGAAAUUUGGAAAGUUGAAACAUCUGGACAUAUUGAAAUUUGCGGAUUCAAAGAUUUGAACGUUCAGAUAUUUAAAAAUUCAAUUCUUAUAUUAUUCAUGACUUAAACAUCGUAUCUUAAUAGCGUAACUUUUAAUGAAUUUGUUUUGUGAUCAAGUAUGAACGCAUUCUGCACAAUUGUUUGUUUUUAAGACGUAGAUAGAAAGAUAUAGAAAUGGUUGAAAAAGGAGAAGAAGAAACGUGUUGUGAUUCUCCGUGGUUGCGAGCUCGUUUAAUUACGAGACGGUAGGCUUAAUCGUAGUGUAAAGGACGAACUCGAAGCGAUUCGUCGUUGGGAGAUUGCAAUUCGAUGAAAGAACAGAAAUUUAUCCGAUAUUUUUAGAUACACGUACAUUGUAAUAAUAUAUAUAUACAUACAUAUAUAUAUAUAUAUACACGUGGGAUAAUUGGAGCAAUCGAUUCAAACGAAGGGAAGGAAUUCUUCAUUCAUUGUAGAUAAUCAUUGUUUUAAUUUCAAUUUCAAACAUGUCUUUCGUACGACUAAUUAUUUUUUAAAUCAUUCAUUUGUGACCUUUCUUUCUUCUUUUUUUUUUAUAUAUAUAUAUAUAGAUAUAAAUCGAAGAAAAUUCCAAAAGAGUUUGUGUGCGCCGAUACUUUUCGCAAUUUUCUUCCCCUCCUUUGAUACGCGACUUUCGGCACAUAACUUGACAAUUUUUUUAACGCAUAUUAUAUUUAUUUCUCUCUUAAAAUACAUUAGAAUAAGCGUGCUCUGUUUUCUCUUCGCUUGAAAAUCUCGUUCGUUUCUUUCUUUUUUCCCCGUUCUUUCUUUUUUUCCUUUAUUUCACGAGAGAUCAGCCUCGCUCUGAAAACUCCCGGCGUUCUUUCUUCAAUUAAAAAAAUGAUCGUUCUCAUUAAGGACAUAAGAAAAACGCAAGAUGGUAAAGGCGAGUGUUUAGAAACGAAGGCGGUUCUAUUCUCUUUUUCUCUCUUUCACGAGCCAUGCAAUUAAAAUUAGUCGGCCAUCACUUACGGCGUGCCUUUUUCUCCAAGUGAUUUAUAAAUAGAGAAGAAAAACAAAAAGGAGGACAUAAUUAUGACAACGACCAUCGAGGAUUCCAAAGAUACUUUUUAUCACGCGAUGUUUUCAUUCUUUCUUCGCGUACACAAUUUCUUCUAUUACUUUCUCUUCGCAUAUGAAAAAUGUGAAUUGGAUAAAAAAAAAUAAA